CAGCUCCCCACUCCCCGCUCUGCCCUCUUCCAAGAUGGCCGCUUCCGCCUCUGGGACCGGACUCGUCACGUGGUACCGCCGCCUGUGAGGUCGCAGAGGCUUGGACGGCGGCGAUUGUCCCUCCCCACGCGCCGUCCUCAGGCGUCGACUGCCCCUGUCAACUGGAGCCUGAGCGAUCAUGGCAACGGGCUCGGGCGGGGAGCGCGUGGCAGCGGCGGCGGCGGCGGCAGAGCGGCGGCGGCGGCGGCGGUGGCAGUGGCGCUGGCACCGGCCCUGAGCGCCAUGCAGCAGGGCGGCUCCGAGAGGGAGCCGGCGGCCGGAUGGGAGGAGGAGGCGGCGGGGCCGGUCCGCGUGGACCCCGGCGCGUCCGGGGAGCCGGAGCGCAAGGCGAGGGAGGAGCGGGCCUCGGCCCGGGCCCGGGCGCAGCCCCGCGCGGCCGAGGAGGGCGACGCCCGUCUCCCCCGGCGGCGGCCGCCGUCCACGCCGCUCGGGUCCAGGCCGAAGCCGGCGCCCGCGCGGGGCCUCGGGCCGCUCGGGAAGCCCCGGAGCAAGGGCCGAGGCUGCAAGCGGAGCUCGGGCCGCCGGUCGGACGAGUACUACUCCGUGCGGCCCAUCACCGUGGACAGCUCCAAGGCCAGGACCUCGCUGGACGCUCUGAAGAUCAGCAUCCGUCAGCUCCAGUGGAAGGAGAUCCCUUUUGGCCGCCGCUCGCCCUGUGAUAUCUACUGGCAUGGUGUUUCAUUUCACGACAACAACAUAUUCUCCGGUCAAGUGAACAAGUUUCCAGGCAUGACGGAGAUGGUGCGUAAAAUUACUCUGAGCAGAGCAGUGAGAAUUAUGCAGAAUCUCUUUCCUGAGGAGUACAACUUCUACCCUCGCUCUUGGAUUCUGCCUGACGAGUUCCAGCUCUUUACUGCUCAGGUUCAAAUGGUGAAAGAAGGUGACCCCUCCUGGAGACCCACUUUUAUUGUGAAACCUGACGGAGGUUGUCAGGGUGACGGAAUCUACCUCAUUAAAGACCCCAGUGACAUCCGCCUGUCAGGGACCCUGCAGCGCAGGCCGGCGGUGGUCCAGGAAUACAUCUGCAAACCUCUCCUUAUUGACAAGCUCAAGUUUGACAUCCGCCUGUAUGUCUUACUGAAGUCCUUAGACCCCUUAGAGAUUUACAUAGCCAAAGAUGGACUCUCCAGAUUUUGUACAGAGCCAUAUCAGGAGCCUUCUUCCAAAAAUCUGCACCACAUCUUUAUGCACCUAACCAACUACUCACUGAACAUCCACAGCGGCAACUUUGUCCACUCAGACAGCACUAGCACAGGCAGCAAAAGGACUUUUUCUAGCAUUCUUUGUAGGUUGUCUUCCAAAGGCGUUGACAUCAAGAAGGUCUGGUCUGACAUCAUCUCCUUGGUGAUUAAGACCGUCAUUGCCCUGACUCCAGAGCUCAAAGUUUUCUACCAGUCGGACAUCCCUGCAGGGAGGCCGGGGCCCACAUGCUUCCAGAUUUUAGGCUUUGACAUUCUUCUAAUGAAAAAUCUGAAGCCUAUACUACUUGAAGUUAAUGCAAAUCCCAGCAUGAGAAUUGAACAUGAGCAAGAACUUUCUCCAGGGGUGUUUGAAAAUGUCCCCAGCGUUGUCGAUGAGGAGGUGAAAGUGGCCGUGAUCAGAGACACCCUGCGCCUCAUGGAUCCACUGAGGAAGAAAAGAGAAAACCAGCAUACCAUCUUGUACCGAGACCCAGCAAACCUGCUCUUUCCACAUGCUCUGAGCCCCAACUCUGGACACUCUCGUGGCCACCUCCACCUCCUCAGCGAUUGGUAUGGAUGGGGCUUGUCUUUCCCCACUGGGUCAAGUGCUUCUGGACUGUGUGCACCUCACCUGUGUGUCCCAGGCCCCAGGGACAGGUCUCAGCAACUGGAGAACCCACCAGCCGGAAAGGAAGACCCUUCCGACAAUGAUCUGGCCAUCUCCUUGGAAGGCAACCCCAAGCAUGAGACCCACCUGCCCUCCAUCUGCCUCAAGCAGGUGUUCCCCAAGUACGCCAAGCAGUUCAACUACCUGCGCCUGGUGGACAGGAUGGCAAACUUGUUUAUCCGGUUCCUGGGAAUCAAGGGGACAAUGAAGUUAGGACCAACAGGCUUCCGUACCUUCAUAAGGAAUUGCAAGCUGAGCAACAGUAGCUUGUCCAUGGCCUCCGUGGAUAUCCUCUACAUCGACAUCACGAGGAGAUGGAACUCCGUGACCCUGGACCAGCGGGAUUCAGGGAUGUGCCUGCAGGCCUUCGUAGAGGCUUUCUUUUACCUGGCGCAGAGGAAGUUCAAGAUGCUGCCCCUGCACCAGCAGGUGGCCUCGCUGAUCGACCUGUGCGAAUACCACCUGUCCCUGCUGGACGAGAAGCGCCUGCUGUGCAGCAGGAGCGGCAGGUUUGGGAGCCGGCCCCCUCACGGCGGCGUGUCCCAGGAAGUCCCCCGGGCUUCCCCGCCGGUGGAGGGCCACCACCCACCCGGCACAGGCAAGCUCGCCCACUCCCCAAGCGCCCUGUCCUGAGGGCCACUCUGUCCUCCCGGAACAAGCAAGCCCCUCAGGGCUGGAGAGAGGCCCUGGGCUUCCACGUGGAGAGACGCCGGCUGCCGGGACUCUGCGAGCUGUGGGCCGGCGCUUCGGGAGGCCGACCGACUCCGCCCGCCUUCCUCCCGGUGCCUCGUGGUGGUAAACCUGUUUACAAGUCGCAGUGGACAUAUGACAUCCCAAAGGCGACAGGUGGCAUCUCCUAGUCUGAGCUCAUGGGAAGCGACAGCGGGGGUGACACUGUUGUGUGUGGGGCACCACAGCCCCAGACUGCGCUGUGGUGAGGAGAGGACGUGGGGCAGCCGAGUCCCGGGUCUGCGGGCCCAGAGGGAGCCUGGCUGGCGCCCUGGCUGGAGCCCGGGAGCCACAGGCCCACGUCCUGCCUCCGCUCUGCGGGACGGAGUGGAAAUACCCGCGACUCCCCGCUCCGAUCAUGUGCUACAUGGGUGUAGUUAACAGAUUAGCCUCAUUUAUUUCAUUAGCUUGCCUAUUGCUGCAGUGUUCAGUUUGUUAUUAAUUAAGAAAUAAUUAACUAAGAAGUCACUAA